GCUUCCCCGCAGGCUCCCGGAGCGCGCCAUGUCGUACAUGCUCCCACACCUACACAACGGCUGGCAGGUGGACCAGGCCAUCCUGUCGGAGGAGGACCGCGUCGUCGUCAUCCGGUUCGGGCACGACUGGGACCCCACCUGCAUGAAGAUGGACGAGGUCCUGUACAGCAUAGCCGAGAAGGUUAAAAAUUUUGCAGUUAUUUAUCUUGUAGAUAUCACAGAAGUACCUGACUUCAACAAGAUGUAUGAGUUGUACGACCCAUGUACAGUCAUGUUUUUCUUCAGGAACAAGCACAUCAUGAUUGACCUGGGCACUGGCAAUAACAACAAGAUUAACUGGGCCAUGGAAGACAAGCAGGAGAUGGUGGACAUAAUAGAGACUGUGUAUCGCGGAGCCCGCAAGGGCCGUGGCCUGGUCGUGUCCCCCAAGGACUACUCCACGAAGUACAGAUACUGAGCCGCGUGGUGCAUGCUGUGGAGCUGUUUUCAUUUGGGGAUGCUUCAUACUGUUAAAGCCUUUGGAAAAGUACACGAAGCUCAAGGCUGGAGGACCCUUGAGAGGAGGCUUGCAGCCUCAACCAGAUGAAAUAAACAAGUUCACAGUAGUGGGAA